AUGUCUGAAUCUGAAGGUGCAAAAGAUGUGAAAAGGCGCAAAAUCGAUGAGGAAUUGCAGAAAAACUCCCUAGACUUUUCAAAGGACACCAUGAAGAUCUUCAAUGACCCCAUUCAUGGUAACAUUGAGCUGCACCCGCUGCUGGUGAAAAUGAUUGAUACUCCUCAGUUUCAGAGACUUCGAUACAUUAAACAACUGGGAACGAAACAUCUAGUGUAUCCGGGCGCCACUCACACUCGCUUCGAACACUCACUUGGUGUGGCACAUUUAGCAGGAUGUCUUCUCAAGACUCUACAUGAGAAUCAACCAGAACUCAACAUCAAAAAAAAGGAUUUCCUGUGUGUCCAGAUCGCUGCCCUGUGCCAUGACAUGGGUCAUGGUCCGUUCUCUCAUUUGUUUGAUGGCAUGUUCAUCCCUGAAGUCCUGCCUGAUAAGCCUUGGGAGCAUGAGCAGGCGUCUGUUGACAUGUUUCGCUGCAUGAAAAGAAGGAAUGGACUGGCCAAAGAGAUGAAAUUCUAUGGAUUGGAUUUACAGAAAGACAUCAAAUUCAUUGAGGAAUUAAUUCUGAAAGGACAAAAGGAUGGAAAGUGGUUAAUGGAGGGCAGGGCUGAGGACAAAUCCUUCCUGUAUGAGAUUGUGGCAAAUAAAGUGAACGGCAUUGAUGUGGACAAAUGGGACUAUUUGGCUCGAGAUUGUUAUUAUCUUGGCAUUCCAUGUGGUUUUGACUCUCAGCGUCUGCUAAAAUCUGCUCGAGUGUGUGAGGUGAACAGGAGGAAACACAUCUGCUUCAGAGACAAGGUGGCAGAUAACAUUUAUGGCAUGUUUCACACCAGAUACACUCUUCAUCGUCAGGCUCUUCAGCACAAGAUCGGCUACAUCAUUGACGUCAAGAUUAAGGAUGCUCUGGUACAAGCUAAUGACAGUGUAUACUGCAAGAUCUCAGAUGCCAUAGAUGACAUGCUAGAGUACACCAAACUCACAGAUCACAUCUUUGAGGAGAUCUUGUACUCAAGUGAUGUCAGGCUGAAAGAUGCCCGAAAAGAGCUUGAGGAUGUUGUGAUGCGACGCCUGCCAAAGUGUGUGGGAGAGACUCGACUACAAGAAACUGAAAAGAAAGAUGAAGAGUCCUUCAAGGCUGAGUGGCAAACAGCGGUGGCCGAGUGGAACAAACUUCACCCAGAUCUGGUCUUGUAUCAGAAGGAUUUCAGCACUGAAGUGAUUAAACUGGAUUAUAAUAAGAAGGCUGAAAACCCUAUCAACAGUGUCUAUUUCUACAGAAAGAAGCAGCAGAAUAAAGGCCGCAAGAUUAGGAAAUAUGAGGCAGAGAGAGCAAACCCCCUGGCAGUAGACAGAACAGAAUCAACACCAAUGUAUUGA